AUGGAGAGCUGCUACGACCCAAGUCUGGAUGGCAUCAUCGAAUAUGACGAUUUCAAGUUCAACCCUUCCCUGAUGGAGCCCAAGGAGCCUGCCCCAGAGACAGCUGACGGCCCCUACCUGGUGAUCGUGGAACAGCCCAAGCAGCGAGGCUUCCGAUUCCGAUAUGGCUGUGAAGGCCCCUCCCACGGAGGGCUGCCAGGUGCCUCCAGCGAGAAGGGCCGGAAGACUUACCCCACGGUCAAGAUCUGUAACUACGAGGGGCCCGCCAAGAUCGAGGUGGACCUGGUGACACACAGCGACCCGCCUCGUGCCCAUGCCCACAGCCUGGUGGGCAAGCAGUGCUCGGAACUGGGGGUCUGCGCUGUGUCUGUGGGGCCCAAGGACAUGACUGCCCAAUUCAACAACCUGGGUGUCCUGCACGUGACCAAGAAGAACAUGAUGGAGAUUAUGAUACAGAAACUUCAAAGGCAGAGGCUCCGCUCCAGGCCCCAGGGCCUUACAGAGGCGGAGCGGCGGGAGCUGGAGCAGGAGGCCAAGGAGCUGAAGAAAGUGAUGGACCUGAGCAUCGUGCGGCUGCGCUUCUCCGCCUUCCUUCGAGCCAGCGACGGCUCCUUCUCGCUGCCCCUGAAGCCUGUCAUCUCCCAGCCCAUCCACGACAGCAAGUCUCCCGGGGCCUCCAACCUAAAGAUUUCUCGAAUGGACAAGACAGCUGGCUCCGUGCGGGGCGGAGACGAGGUUUAUUUGCUUUGUGACAAAGUGCAAAAAGAUGACAUUGAGGUCCGUUUCUACGAAGACGAUGAGAACGGAUGGCAGGCCUUCGGGGACUUCUCUCCCACGGAUGUCCAUAAGCAGUAUGCCAUCGUGUUCCGGACGCCUCCCUACCACAAGAUGAAGAUCGAGCGCCCCGUAACCGUGUUCCUGCAACUGAAACGCAAGCGCGGGGGCGAUGUCUCCGACUCCAAACAGUUCACCUACUACCCUCUGGUGGAAGACAAGGAGGAGGUGCAGCGGAAGCGGAGGAAAGCCUUGCCCACCUUCUCCCAGCCUUUUGGGGGUGGCUCCCACAUGGGCGGAGGCUCUGGGGGCUCGGCAGGUGGUUACGGAGGAGCCGGAGGAGGUGGCAGCCUCAGCUUCUUCCCUUCCUCCUUGGCCUACAGCCCCUACCAGGCCGGGGCAGCCCCCAUGGGCUGCUACCCGGGCGGCGGGGGCGGGGCGCAGAUGGCUGAUGGGGGGGCACCUGGCGGGGAUGCUAGGGAGGAAGCAGCAGCGCCGAGCGCGCCCCCCGAGGACCCCCACCGCAAACCGCAAGCUCAGGGGCUGCUGCAGCGAGCCCAGGAGUACAACGAGCGCCUGUUCGGCCUGGCGCAGCGCAGCGCCCGGGCCCUGCUGGACUACGGCGUCACCGCGGACGCGCGCGCGCUGCUGGCGGGACAGCGCCACCUGCUGACGGCGCAGGACGAGAACGGAGACACGCCGCUGCACCUGGCCAUCAUCCACGGGCAGACCAGUGUCAUCGAGCAGAUAGCCCACGUCCUCUACCACGCUCGGCACCUCGGGGUGGUCAACGUCACCAACAACCUGCACCAGACACCCUUGCACCUGGCGGUGAUCACCGGGCAGACCAGCGUGGUGAGCUUCCUGCUGCAGGUGGGCGCAGACCCCACGCUGCUUGACCGGCAUGGAGACUCGGCGGUGCACCUGGCCCUGAGGGCGGGUGCCGGUGCCCCUGACCUGCUGGGGGCGCUGCUGCGGAGCGGGGCUCCCGCCGUGCCCCAGCUGUUGCACAUGCCAGACUUCGAGGGGCUGUACCCGGUCCACCUGGCGGUCCGUGCCCGGAGCCCCGAGUGCCUGGACCUGCUGGUGGACAGCGGGGCUGACGUGGAGGCUGCGGAGCGGCAGGGGGGCCGCACAGCGCUUCACCUGGCCACGGAGAUGGAGGAGCUGGGCUUGGUGACCCAUCUGGUCACCAAGCUCCGUGCCAACGUGAACGCACGCACCUUUGCGGGAAACACACCCCUACACCUAGCAGCUGGACUGGGGUCCCCGACCCUCACCCGCCUCCUCCUGAAGGCUGGUGCUGACAUCCAUGCUGAGAACGAGGAGCCCCUGUGCCCGCUGCCUUCGCCUCCCACCUCUGGGAGCGACUCAGAUUCUGAGGAGCCUGAGCGGGACACCCGAAGCAGCUUCCGUGGCCACACACCGAUCGACCUCACUCGCAGCACCAAGGUGAAGACGUUGCUGCUAAAUGCUGCUCAGGACACCAUGGCGCUGCCCCUGACCCCGCCCAGCCCUGCAGGGCCAGAGCUGCCCCUUGAGGAUACCGCCCUGCAGAACCUGGAGCAUCUGCUGGACGGGCCCGGGGCUCAGGGCAGCUGGGCGGAGCUGGCAGAGCGGCUGGGGCUGCGCAGUCUGGUGGACACGUACCGAAAGACAGCCUCGCCCAGUGGCAGCCUCCUCCGCAGUUACAAGCUGGCAGGUGGGGACUUGGCAGGCCUCCUGGAAGCUCUGUCUGACAUGGGCCUAGACGAGGGAGUGAGGCUGCUGAGGGGCCCCGAGGCCCAAGACAAACUGCCCAGCACAGAAGUGAAAGAGGACAGUGCCUAUGGGAGCCAGUCGGUGGAUCAGGAGGCCGAGAAGCUAGGCCCAUCGCCGGAGCCACCAGGAGGACUCUGCCAUGGGCACCCGCAGCCUCAGGUGCACUGA